GGGGCGCUGACCGCCGUCUCCGUGCGCCUUGCAGGCGGGGAGUCCGCGCCGCGGCGCCGGCCGCCGACAUGAUCACCUAGAGGCCGGCGCGGGCGCGGCGACACGCGGCCAUGCAGCGGGAGCCGGCGGCGGCCGAGGAGCCCGAGGCGCCGGGACAGGCGCGGCGGCGGCGGCGGCGGCGGCGCCGGGAGGGCCGGACGCGCACGGUGCGCUCCAACCUGCUGCCGCCCCCCGGCCCCGAGGAUCCCGCGGCGGGCGCGGCCAGGGGCGCGCGGCACCUGGCCGACAACCGCCUCAAGACCACCAAGUACACGCUGCUGUCCUUCCUGCCCAAGAACCUGUUCGAGCAGUUCCACCGCCUGGCCAACGUGUACUUCGUCUUCAUCGCGCUGCUCAACUUCGUGCCGGCGGUGAACGCCUUCCAGCCCGGCCUGGCGCUGGCGCCCGUGCUCUUCAUCCUGGCCGUCACGGCCUUCAAGGACCUGUGGGAGGACUACAGCCGCCACCGCUCGGACCACGAGAUCAACCACCUGGGCUGCCUCGUCUUCAGCAGGGAAGAAAAGAAUUACGUGAACCGAUACUGGAAAGACAUCCGUGUGGGAGACUUUGUCCGCCUCUGCUGCAAUGAAAUCAUCCCAGCCGACAUCCUCCUGCUGUCCUCAAGUGACCCCGACGGACUGUGCCACAUCGAGACUGCCAACCUGGACGGUGAGACCAACCUGAAGCGGAGGCAGGUCGUCCGCGGCUUCUCGGAGCUCGUCUCCGAAUUCAAUCCUUUGACAUUCACCAGCAUCAUCGAGUGUGAGAAGCCAAAUAAUGACCUGACUAGGUUUCGCGGUUGCAUCAUACAUGAAAAUGGGAAGAAGGCCGCACUCUCUAAAGAAAACCUUUUGCUGCGAGGAUGCACCAUCCGAAAUACCGAAGCGGUCGUCGGGAUGGUCAUUUACGCAGGUCAUGAAACCAAGGCCUUGCUGAACAACAACGGGCCCCGCUACAAACGCAGCCAGCUGGAGAGGCAGAUGAACUGCGAUGUCCUCUGGUGUGUCCUCAUACUCAUCUGCAUGUCUCUGUUUUCGGCUAUCGGGCAUGGGCUGUGGAUGCAGCAGUUUCAAGAGAAGAAAGCCUUGUUUGAUGUCCCCGAGUCUGGUGGUGGCUCUUUGUCUCCAGUAACAGCUGCAGUUUACUCAUUUUUGACAAUGAUAAUAGUUCUGCAGGUUUUGAUCCCAAUUUCCUUAUACGUUUCCAUUGAAAUCGUUAAAGUAUGCCAAGUGUACUUCAUUCACCAGGACAUAGGGUUGUAUGACGAAGAAACAGACUCGCAGCUGCAGUGCCGGGCUCUGAACAUCACGGAAGACUUAGGGCAGAUACAGUACAUCUUCUCAGACAAAACGGGCACUUUGACCGAGAACAAGAUGGUUUUCCGAAGAUGCACUGUGUCUGGCGUUGAAUACUCUCAUGAUGCAAAUGCCCGGCGCCUGGCCAUGUACCAGGAGGCAGAUUCGGAGGAGGAGGAGGUGGCAUCCAGAGGGGGCUCGCUGUCCCAGCGCGGCAGCAUCAGCAGCCACCAAGGCGUCCGGGUCACAUACAGGAACCAAAACAUCAAGUCCCACCGGCGCACUGGCAGCCGGGCUGAGGCCAAGAGGGCCAGCAUGCUGUCCAGGCACACAGCCUUCAGCAGCCCCAUGGAGAAAGACAUUACACCCGACCCGAAGCUGCUGGAGAAGGUGAGCGAGUGUGAUCGGUGCUUGGCAACCGCCAGGCACCUGGAGCACCCACUGGCCCUCCUCUCGCCCGAGCUGUCCGACGUGUUCGACUUCUUCAUCGCCCUCACCAUCUGCAACACGGUCGUCGUCACAUCCCCCGAUCAGCCACGACAAAAGGUGCGGGUGCGGGUGGAGGUCAAGUCCCCCGUGAAGACCCUCGAGGACUUCCUGCGCAGGUUCACACCCAGUCGCCUGACCUCGGGCUGCAGCAGCCUGGGCAGCCUGGCCGCCGGCAAGGGCGCCCCCAAGCCCGGCGCCAGCCUCCUGGCCUCGCUGGCCGACGACGGCGCGCUGCUGCGGCUGGAGGAGCGGCUGGGCCGCGCAGCCCCGGCCCUCACCGGCAACGGCUACGGCGCCGCCUGCGCCCCUGACGGCGCCCCGCGCGGGCGCGAGCUGCGCUACGAGGCCGAGAGCCCCGACGAGGCGGCGCUGGUGUACGCGGCCCGCGCCUACCGUUGCGCGCUGGCGGCCCGGCUGCACGACCAGGUGGCGGUGGAGCUGCCGCACCUGGGCACGCUCACCUUCGAGCUGCUGCACACGCUGGGCUUUGACUCCACCCGCAAGCGGAUGUCCGUGGUGAUCCGACACCCGCUCACCGAUGAGAUCACCGUCUACACCAAGGGCGCCGAUUCCGUGCUCAUGGACCUCCUGCUGCCGUGCUCUUCAGAUGAUGCCAGAGGAAGGCAUCAAAAAAGAAUCCAAAGCAAAACCCAGCAUUACCUCAACAUGUACGCGGUGGAAGGCCUGCGCACCUUGUGCAUUGCCAAGAGGGUCCUGAGCAAGGAAGAGUACGCCUGCUGGCUGCAAGGCCACUUGGAAGCAGAGUCCUCCCUGGACAACCGCGAGGAGCUCCUCUUUCAGUCCGCCAUCCGCCUGGAGACCAACCUGCAUCUCCUGGGUGCCACUGGAAUUGAAGACCGUUUGCAGGACGGGGUCCCCGAAACCAUCAUGAAACUGCGCCAGGCAGGCCUGCAGAUCUGGGUUCUCACCGGAGACAAACAGGAGACAGCCGUCAACAUCGCCUGCGCCUGCAAACUGCUGGACCACGACGAGGAAGUCCUCACCCUGAACGCUGAGUCCCAGGAGACGUGCGCGGCCCUGCUGGACCAGUGUCUCCACUACGUGCAGGCCAGGCGUGCCCACGGUGCCCCAGAGAAGACCCCUGCAGCCGUGAGCGUGGAGUUCACACCCAUCUACCCGCCCUACACGCCCACCGCCCCCGGCACCAGCCCGAGCCUCGUGAUCGACGGCAGGAGCCUGGCCUACGCCCUCGAGAAGAACUUGGAGGACAAGUUCCUGUUCCUCGCCAAGCAGUGCCGCUCUGUGCUAUGCUGCCGCUCGACGCCCCUGCAGAAGAGCAUGGUGGUCAAGCUGGUCAGAAGCAAGCUCAAGGCCAUGACCCUGGCCAUUGGAGACGGAGCCAAUGAUGUCAGCAUGAUCCAGGUGGCAGACGUGGGUGUGGGGAUCUCGGGCCAGGAGGGCAUGCAGGCGGUGAUGGCCAGUGACUUCGCAGUGCCAAGGUUCCGAUACCUGGAGAGACUCUUGAUUGUUCACGGACACUGGUGCUAUUCUCGACUUGCCAACAUGGUGCUGUACUUCUUCUAUAAAAACACAAUGUUUGUGGGCCUCCUGUUUUGGUUCCAGUUUUACUGCGGUUUCUCGGCCUCGGCCAUGAUUGACCAGUGGUACCUGAUCUUCUUUAACCUGCUCUUCUCGUCGCUUCCCCAGCUCGUGACUGGGGUCCUGGACAAGGACGUGCCGGCGGAUGUGCUGCUGACCGAGCCACAGCUCUACAGGAGUGGCCAGGACAUGGAGGAGUACCGGCCACAAACGUUCUGGAUAAACAUGGCUGACGCCGCCUUCCAGAGCCUGGUUUGCUUUUUCCUCCCAUACCUGGCCUAUCACGACUCAGAUGCAGACCUGUUUACCUGGGGAACCCCCAUCACCGCGAUCGCACUUUUUACCUUCCUCCUGCAUCUGGGUAUUGAAACCAAAACCUGGACCUGGCUCCACUGGAUAGCUUGUGGCUUCAGUAUCCUUUUAUUUUUCGUUGUGGCUUUGAUUUACAAUGCCUCUUGUGCAACGUGCUAUCCUCCAUCCAACCCUUACCGGACUAUGCAAACGUUAAUGGGCGACCCCGUGUUUUACUUGACUUGUCUCAUAGCACCGGUGGCUGCGCUGCUGCCCAGAUUGUUUUUCAAAGCCCUCCAGGGGUCCCUUUGCCCCACCCAACUACAGCUGGGACGCCGGUUAGCCAAGAAGUCCCCCAAGAAACUCAACACUCCCAAAGAGAUCUUCACUCAGGGACACGCCCUGGGAGACCAGGACUCGCAGCACUUGGAACUGGGUAGCAUGGGGACCUGUGGGUCCCUUCCCCAGGGCUGCAUCUCCCAGGCCCUGCAGCCCACCCAGCAGCCAGCCUGCUCCCCAGAGACAGGCAGGGAGCAGAGUGCGGUGGACACGAGCCUGCCUUCCGGGGAUGCCAGUCUGCUGGAGGGGCUAAGCGACCAGGUGACGGAGACCUCCACACCACAGAAGACUCUGCAGGAGAGGCGUCCCGGGGGCUCCGAGAUGAAGCCCACCAGCACAGGCCGGGCAGCGCCCCUCUCCUCCAUCUUCAACCUGCCCAACUUCAGCUCGUUCAACUGGAUCUCCUCCCUGUCGCUGGUCACUGGGCUGGGAAGUGUCCUGCAGUUCUCUCGAACUAGUUUACAGUCGGACAAGCCGGAGGGCGAUUUUCUGUCCGGCGCCGCUCAGCCAGAGCGGGACCUGUGUGGUUUAAGGGAACAGACAGUCGACUAUUUCUAGGAGCAUCAAAGGGGACUGUCGCCGAUCUGGGUUGCAGGGAGACCCUUUCCUGAAAUGGCCCUUUUUUUAUAUAUAACAUAGAUGUUUAUAUUAUUUAUGUUUCUUAUUUGCACAGAAGAGUUCUAGUGAAAUGUAUUUUUAAAGUUUCCAAGACUAAAACAGGAAACGAGAGGUACCAAGAAAAGAAAGUUUAUUUUUUAAAGUUUUAAGUAGAGUAUAUUGAAAAGAAAAAUAAGGCUUUAACAUAUAUAAACGUAUAAAGAAGAGUGACACUUGGAAAGUGUGUUUAAAUUUAUAUUGUUUCAUCUCAUUAUGUAAGAAAAAUGCAGUAUGAUUGGUUUCCUUCAAAGUGUUUGAGGCUUUGCUUUUCCUGAAGUGUAAGUGUGUGUCUUCCCAUCGGGGACUCAGGCAGGAGUGGAUGGCAGACAGUGGGAAUGACGGGAGGGGACAAAGGGGUGGCAGGAAUGGCAGCUUCACCAUUGUCUUCGGGUUCUGACAGCAAAGGAAGGCUGUCACUCCACCUCCACCCAAAAAACGGGAAGACUUCAAGAAAAAUGCAUGCAUGAAGUUCAUUCCUACUUGCAGUUCUCUGCGGGCAUUUCAUAAAGAUGUCAUUGUAGGUGCAUCAGUCCCUGUGCAGUAUUCUGCUGGUUGAAAUCAUGAGCAAUAAACCACCUUCACUUUACAAAGUGAGCGUGUCCGGCUGCCACUGUUAUGUGAAGUUAUUAAUGCAUGACCUCACAAAAUAUGUUGCAAAUGAGAUGGGAUGCUUCCUCACAUGAGCUCUUUUAGACACCGUGAAGAAACAGCUUUGCUGAAAUAUAAGCCACGGUUGUGGCCCAGCGAGUUGCACCAGCCAUACUCCUCUUGCCAAGAAUAUUGUUAUGUACACAUCUUCAGAUGCCUCGUGUUAUAAGCCAUUAUUUCCAUCCUUCUAAAAAUAAAGGGAGGAGCAGAUAAAAAUCCGAGACAGUUUUUAGCAUUUCUCCCUCAGAACCUGCCUUUCCCGAUAUGGCCAGCAGUUAUGAAUCGCCCCCUCUGCUGGGCACGGGGAUGCAAAGCCAGCAGGCAGUGCCCCCUGCACGAUGGAACUCACAGCUUCUGCAGCUGCCUGUCUCAGAGAACAGUGAUGUAGAGAGGGAGAAAGAAAUCUGGAGACUAAGAAAUCUGUGAGCGUGAUAUGCCAGGGUAGAAUGAGUGAGGAUCUCAUUGCAAAAUAACAGGAAACACAGUUCAUGCUGGCCAGCCCGAAAGCGAAGGCAUGGGCUUACUGACCCCAUAUCCGGAGACAGGCAGGCUUCAGGGCACUCCAAAAAGUUGGGCCCCGGCUUUUCUCCCUCACCCUUUCCCUCGGCUGCCUGGGGUCGGUCGCCUCCUAAAGCUGGCUCUGGCGAAGUGUCCGGAGUCCCACCAAGAGUAGUGUGCACACACCACACCACCCAGGAGAGAGAGGGCAGCCCUCUCCACAGCCCCGACAGAGCCUUUGUUCUCCUCAGCCUCACCCUGGGUAGCCUACGUGGCCACCUCAACACCAGUCGCUGGUAAAUCUAGGGACAUGUCCAGAUUUGGGCUUCUGGCUGGAGCUGGGAGAGAGAGAGGUCAGCUUCCCUCAGUGUUCCUGGGCUGCACGGGGGAGGAGUGGACACUCAGAAGAACACACACCUUCCUGAUGGUCCAGAUGUUCAAUGGCAGGAGGGAGAAGGGGGAUGGGAGGCAGCUUCUGCAUGCAGCCAUGUCCACACUGCACCCAGAGGUGAUUAACCAUCUCAACCCUACCUCGCCAUGCCAAGGUGCCCCAUAGGCCACCCUGUCUUUCCCCUAAGCAACAAGGAGCCUUCCUUGGGAAGGCAUAAAACUCUAUUGUUUCUUGAAUGGGGGUAACAGUUGUUAGCACCAUGUAAAAGUACUAGCAUGUACUUACCUGAAUGUCUCGAGUUCGAAAUGCCCCAGCUUCCAGAUUUUCUACUUCUUGUACUUACAACCUACUUUGUUUCCAAAUGGUAUCUUUCCCCUGUAGAAACUUCCCCUUGGGAACUGUAAUGAUGCAGACUUCUGGAGUACGCAUACCAAAGCCAGUUCAGAGGAAUUAAAUCCCUAAAGGGCAUUGGUGGAUGAAGAAUUUAGGAUGAAGAAUAUCUGUAGAAAUCUACUAAAGUAGUCUAUCACAACAAAGUUGGAUCUCAAAAUGAACAUAAUGCAGGGAUGAACUCCACUGAUUAUCUCAAAAAAGCAUUGAGUAAAAUUUGUUACCCAUGCCUAAGAAACAACUCUAAAAUAAACAGGAAAAGAAGGCUAUUUGUCAUUAUAAAGCCCAUUUAUUUCAAACCCCAAACUUGUUACUUAUAAAUCCUUUUAUCCCCAGCACUUAGUACAGAAACUAGCACCUAGAAUGUCUUCACUGUAUAUUUGAUGAAUCCAGGUAUAAAUUUUUAUAGUAAACCACUAAAGGCACCCCUUUUAACAUCAGAGCUAAAUGAAAGUUGCUUGUUAUAAUCCAUUAUUAAUAUUUUCUGGAAUUUCUGGCUAAUGCAAUAUGAUAGGAAUUUUUUUAAAGAAUGAAUACUUAAAAUGUUGAAAACAAAUAACCAUUUCUUACACAUAAUAUGACUGUAUAUUCAGAUAACCCAAAUGACAGGCUCUCAGAACUGAUAAAAGGGCACAAUAAAUUGGCUGGCUAUGAGGAAAAUAAACUAUAGCUUUCUUAUAGAGCAAUGAUAACUAAUUAUACGUCACACUGGAGGGAAAGAAAAGAUCUCAUUCACCAAUACAACACCAAUGCUAACAAAAUUAUAAGGUCAAAAAUAAUCUCAAUAAGGAUAAAGGCAAUUCACCAGGAUUGAAGAAUAUGUUAAUGUUCUAACUACAAAGACAUGCCUCAUUGCUAGUUUAGAAAACUGAAUAUUAUAAAGGUGCUCCAUUCCAAACAAUUUCUGUGGACUUUUUUCUUAGCUCUUUUUUUGUUUCUUUUGUUUAUUUAGGCUUUUGAAACUAAAAAAUGGCUCAAAAGUUUGUCUGGAAGGGUAUACAGGCAAACACAUCCAAGAAAAUUCUAACAAAAGUAAUGGAGAAGCCAGGUAGUAAAAUAUUUUACAAAGUGCUAAUACUUAAAGUAGUGUGCUAACAAUGUAAUAAAAGACAUAUACAGAAAUGACUAGAAAUGACAAGAUGUAUCCUGUUAUAUAAAAGAACUUAAUUUAUGCUUUUAAAAAAGGAUCAAGAAUCAGUGAGAGAGAAUAUUAACUAAAUGGCAUUGAUAACUAGUCAACAGUGUGGAAAAAAUAAUUCAUUCUUAACUCAUUUACACACCAUAAAUUCCAAAUAAAAAUUUUGAAUUUCAAAAAUCAACUCAUUACAAAAACUAGAAGAAACUAAAAUAGAUUAUUCAUCAUGCUUCUGCAACAGGUGGCCUGUCAGGCACGAGGUGUGUCUGCCCUUUGGCUCAGGGGGCCCCCCAGCUUCCCCUUCCUGCUGCUGCACCCCACACAUGCUCCUUUCUCAACUAUCUUGGCUUGUCACUUUGUCCCUUUUAGAUAUGGCAACCCUGCUCCAUAUUAUUUUCUGGGAAGUUUCAGCCUGGACCCUCCACGACGCUCCUCCUGCAAACUUUCUGCAUUAGGGUUCUCCAGAGAAACAGAACCAAUGUAAUGGAGACAGAUACAGAUACAGAUAUAGAUAUAGAGAGCAAGGCUAUAUAUAGAGAGAGGCCAUAUAUGUGUGUGUGUGUGUGUGUGUGUGUAUACACACACACACACACACACACACACAGAUUUAUUGUGGAAAUUGACUCAAAAGACCAUGGGAAUUGGCAAGCCUGAAUUCUGUAGAGCAGGCUGCACAUUGGAAACUCAGAUGAUGGUGAAGUUGUAUUCCCCAGGAAAAGUGGGCUGGCUGAAGAAAAGGUAGAGAUUGUUCUGAAAUCCUCAGUUGUUGCUUUAAGACCUCUGACAGGAUGAGGCAGCGCCUUUGUUGAUUGUAAAUGCAUCAGCCAUAGAUGCAGUCAACUGCCUCGUGAUGGAAACCCAUCUAUGAGAGAUACCCUCACAGUAACAAUCGGGCCAGUGCUUGUUUGACCAAACUACUGGGCACUAGAACCUCAUCAAGUUGACACAUGAAAUUAAUUCUGCACACCAGCACUCACACAGAGGGUAAGGGGCUGUGGCGGGGACCUAGCCCAGCUCUGGGACCUGCCAGUUGAUCCCCUGCUGUGUUGAGGAAAUCUCAUGGGAGAGAUGACUUUCCCCACUGGUAAAUGAUAGAUAGAACCUCCAGAGAAGAAGUCAGCCAACUUAACUAAAAGAGAUUUCAGCAUGCUGUAUAUUAAAUGACAAUCAAAAUUAAAAGACCAAACCCACUGGGAGAAACUGUAAUAAAUAUGAAGAAAAGAGCUUUAUGAUACAAGUGGUUGUUACAAAUCAGUAAGACAAAUCUCAAGAUACUAUUUGACCAACAGGAAAAAGACUGAUGAAUUGAGUACUCAUAUAUUUGGGAACAUCCCUUCUGGAAAAAAACUUUGCAAGGUGUUGCAAAAUAUCUCAAACAUAUUCAUUCCCUUUUUCCCAGUAAUUCCACUUUGGGGAAUAAAGAUAAAGAAAAUAAACACUUAAUUACACUUAAGAUAUUUGAUACCUGUUAUAGUUAGUGCUGAAAAUUUGGAAACAAUUUACACAAACAUUAGUGGGAGUAUGAAUAAAUAAAUUCUGGAAAUCUGCAGAGAUUAUAAUAUUGAAACAUGGAUAUUAAAAUAAUGCUUAUGAAUAUUAUGAGGAAAUAUGUAUGAACCUAUGAUAAAUGAAAAAAGCGGGAUUAAAACUUGGAUUAAUAAAAAGAU